GUCGGAAAUAUAUUUGUGCGACAGCUCAUAGCGCUCCUAUGGGUGUUACACUACAAUAGUGCCGGCGGAAGUGAGUAGAACCAGCCGCGCGGCCUGUUUCAUAUAGGUGAAAAUGUCGACCGGGGUGGGAAAACACAAGAUGCUGUCUCUGGGUCCGACUGAACCCUGGUCAGUUCGGGAGAAGCUCUGUCUGGCCUCCUCAGUGAUGAGAAGCGGAGAUCAGAACUGGGUGUCAGUAAGCAGAGCCAUCAAGCCGUUCUCAGAGUCUGGACGACCCCCAGACUGGUUCUCUCAGAAGCAUUGUGCCUCCCAAUAUUCUGAGCUGCUGGAAACCACAGAGGCCCCAAAACGUAAACGGGGUGAGAAAGGGGAGGUGGUCGAGACCAUUGAGGACGUGAUUGUGCGCAGAUUGACAGCAGAGAGGAUCGAGGAACUCAAGAGGCUGAUUAAAGACACGCAGGAGAAAUACAGGAAACUGAAGAAAGAGGUAGAUUUGAUCCAGGCAGGUCAUAUGGACCCUAAACUGGAGGAGCUGUGGGCAGAUAUAGAGCUAAAGAGGAAGCAGGAAGAAGAGGAGGCUGAGCAGAAGAAAAGGGCAACUGAGGCAGCAUAUCAGGUUCGCCAGGCAGCUAAAAACACACCAAAGAGAGUUCCCAGCGUGACAGUACGUUCUCCACCCAGUGCUAGUUCUGCCUGCAUGGAUGUCUCACAGCCAGACACAUUGCAGCCAAUGACGGACGAAUCCUGUUCCAGUCCAAAGGCUCAAGGACUGUCCGUCUUCAUGCCUGUGUCAGAGGUCACGGGUCCAGGGCCUAAAGAGUCAGGUCUGAGCCCUCUGAUAGAUGACUCUCCACAGAAGAAGCACCUUGCCCCGAAAGCCACACCACCUCCCUCCCCGCUGCUGUCUGAAUUGCUGAAGAAGGGCAGUCUCAUCGCUGCCAGCUCUAGACUGGUGGUUGAAGGGGAUGUGGCCACAGGUUUGAGUAAUGGAUCUCAUGGAGUUGAGCUUCACACUGCUGCAACUGCUCUGCCUGCUAAUCAAGACAUUACAGCCGAUGCUCCUACAUUAUCUCGUCUGUUGGAGAGUGCCACCCCAGUGCAGCAACCUGUCAGUGCUGAUCCCACUAAAACCCCCACAGUGGUCCCCCCCGCCCCGGACCACCUCUCUGUGCCCAAAACAGGAGCUGUAGCCGUUGCUGAAGGUUCUGGAGCAGAAGCAGUAAUGGCAGGGUCAUCCACGCUGGCAGAGGUGGAGGGGAAAGAGGCCGAGCUGGUGGAGGAGGACACUGUGGUGUCGGUGUCCUACAUGGCACACGAACUGGACCUGGAGACCGUGGGAGACAUCAUUGCAAUCAUUGAGGAGAAGGUGGAUGAUCCUGUGGAGGUUUUGGACGCAGCCGCGGUGGAGGCGGCUCUCUCUCUCUGUGAGGACCCAGUGGUCGGGGGCCACUCCCUCACCAGCCCUUGGGAGUCACAGACCUUUAAGGCAGAACCAGAGCCCAUCGUCCAGCAGAGUCCUGCCCCAGCGGUUCCACAGAGCUGCCCUGACCCUGCAGGUGUGCAGGGAGAAAUGGAGGUUCUGGCAGAGGAGGCUACAGAAACCGAAGCGCUUGACGGAGUGACAGGCGACACUGUGGUGCCUGCCGCCCCUGAUACAGAGCAAAGCCAGGACUCUGAGAUUAAGAUUAAGAUUGAGAGCGACCGGCAAGGAGAGGGAGAAGGAGGGAUGGAGGAAAAGCAGCAGGAGAACAGAACCCCGAUUCUGGCCGUGAAGUGUGAGGGGGAAGACUGGGUUCAGCCAGAGACUGUGACGCCCUGUCUGGACUCCGAAGAUAGCUCAGCCUCGGCAAAAGACACAAAGGAGGUGAAGGAAGAGGAUGGAGGCAGUGAGAUGGAUGUGGAUGAAGGGAUGGAGAUGAAAGAGUGUGGCGAUGGGGACGGAGAAGGGCCGUAUCUCUCUGAGGUCGAUCCUCCUGCCAGUGAGAGUGAGGAUGGAUACGGCAGUCACUCUCAGCGCUACACCACAGCGGACUCCACCGCCAGCAGCCCGGCCUCAUCACAGUUCUCCAUGUGUAGUGAAGAUCAAGAGGCCUUGCAGGCUCAGAAGAUCUGGAAGAAAGCCAUCAUGCUGGUGUGGCGGGCAGCGGCCAAUCACAGGUAUGCAAGUGUGUUUCUGCAACCUGUGUCUGAUGACAUCGCCCCAGGUUAUCACAGCAUCGUACACAGACCGAUGGACCUAUCAGCCAUCAAGAAGAACAUUGAGUCUGGGCAGAUCCGCACGACGGCGGAGUUCCAGCGUGACAUCAUGCUGAUGUUCCAGAACGCGGUGAUGUAUAACAGCUCGGAUCACGAUGUCUACCACAUGGCCCUGGAGAUGCAGAGGGACGUUCUGGAACAGAUCCAGCAGUUCUUGGCCACUCAGCUGAUCAUGCAAACAUCAGAAUCAGGCAUCAGCACCAAGAGCCUGCGCGGAAGGGAGGCCAACCGCAAACAAGACCCCAAUGAGAAGACCCUGAGUCCUGCACACAAAGACCCUCAUUUAGAGCCAGAACCACCAGCCAGAAGGAAAAGGAACAACUCCAAACAAGACACUAAUGAGAAGGACAGCCUAUCCAUGGCCUCUCCUGCUUUCCUUCUCUCUCUCUUUCCUCCUGCUUCUCUGCUCUUCCAGGAUGGAGGCACCAGGGGGCGUCGCAGUGCCAUUGAAGCCGAUAUGAAGAUGAAAAAGUGAACUGAGAUGUCUCACUCCAGCUGUUAUGGAAGUGCAAAUAGGCUUUAUUUCCGUUUCUUUAAGACGUUCUGGCUAAGUUUAGUUACUCAAUGCCUCGGUGGUUUGACACAGCAAUUCAACAGUCCAAUUACAGAAGGACACAUAAAGAAGGGACUUUUUAAGGGCUUGACCCUCUUUCACAGAAAUCGUUACUGAAUGGUAAUUGAAUGAAUUACUUAGACCUGAAAAACUGGUCAAGUGUGUCCUGAGACCAGACACACAGGACAGGACACACUGACCAUGUGUUUGUUUGAGUUUAGAGCAGUUAGUUCAAAGUUUUUGACUCGAUGUCACAAUAUAGCUGUUAUUGGUCUUUUUAAAAAAGCUGAAUGUACCACCGUCUUGACCACUGGAUGGUUAGAAAUCAGGGUGCCAUUUUCUAGAACGGAGAAUGAAACCUUACAAGCCAUUGUUCAAAAAGAUUACUAUCGCCUUAUCAGUUGUGGAAUGCUGAUCGACGGAGGAAAGAGCAAUAAAAGAACGCUUUUUUUCUUCUGUAGGAAUGAAGAUGGAUCCUAAGUUUCUUUAAACUUGAUUUUUUUGCCCUAUCAGGAUCAUGGAUGCUUUGGAUUGCAGUUAAAGGCCUACUGUACUACGUUCAGUUUGUUCUCGUUCUUAAAGAGAGUCAUAAUAAUUUGACAUCUGUACGUUUAGAAAAAACAUAGUUUUGUACAGGGUCUUUGUGUACAGUGUUUUUGUAUAUUGUGUCGUGAAAUGUUUUAAUAAAACAGGAGUCUGCAAUUACACAAUGGUAUUUUAAGAAUAAUUUAUUCAACUUGUGCUUUCAGACAAAAACUGUUAGUACAAAUGCUUCACUGGGAGGACAAUACCAGCUUGUCCUGUUCAAAGUCACGAGAAAACACACCGAUAUCCAUGAAUGAUGUCAGCUUACAUCAGCCGGGUGAUUCAUACAGAACAUGCACCCUCCUAUAUCCCUGAACAUCAGUAAACAAUAGUGAAGAAUCACAGCCGAACAUUCACAGUCGCAGCACACCCAAAGAUGAUCUGAUGACACGGGUCGUGUCACCUGACAAUAGUGUUUGUCUCAGAGCACGAGAUAAGCAAAUCAACAUAGUGUGACAUCUGAAGGUUUAAGAGUGGAGCUUUGCCAUCAAAAUAAUAAAUACAUUUUAAAAUAAACUAAAAUAGAAACCAGUUAUUUUAUAAAGCAUAGA